AAAAAGGAACAAUGCCUAGCAAGUUAAAGAGAGCAAUCGGUGCAGUGAAAGACCAUACCAGUAUCAGUCUGGCCAAGGUGGUGAACACCAAUUCCGCCACCCUCGAAGUGGCCGUCCUCAAGGCCACCACCCACGACCAAUCCCCCAUCCACGAACGUCACGUCGACGAAAUCCUCAAAACCGUCUCAUCCAACCGUACUUUCGCCGGAAUUGCCGCCCGUUCCAUCGCCAAACGGUUAGGCAAAACCAAGAGCUGGGUGGUUGCCCUCAAGUGUUUGAUGCUCGUCCUUCGUGUUUUCCAGGACGGUGAUCCUUAUUUCCCUAAAGAAGUCCUCCACGCAUUGAACCGUAAAGCCAGGAUCCUAAACAGAGACGAAUCCAGUUCCGGACCGUGCGAUUUCGCCGCUUUCGUCAAAGCGUUCGCCGCUUAUCUCGAGGAGCGUUUGGAUUGCUUCCUCACGGGGAAGCUUCAAAGACGGUUCACGUUCAUGGAUAAACAAAUUAGCCACCCAAGGAGCCGUCGAGUUAACCAACAACCCGUUCGACAUAUGAAGCCACCCAUGUUGCUCGACCGGAUUUCGUAUUGGCAACGGUUACUUGAAAAAGCCAUCGCCACAAAACCGACAGGCUCCGCCAAGACGAACCGAUUGGUUCUGAUGUCGUUUUACGCCGUCGUACGAGAAAGCUUCGAUCUUUACAGGGACAUAUCAAACGGACUCGGACUCGUGUUAGAUGGUUUCUUCUAUUUACAGCAUCAAUCAUGUAUUAGUACCAUCGAGUACUGCGUUAAAGCCAGGAAACAAUUCGAAGAUCUGUCGUGUUUUUACGAGAACUGUAAGAGACUUGCAGUUGGGAGAACCUCGGAUUAUCCGAGUGUUCAUGGCAUAUCAGAAGAGCUGUUGGAGACAUUGAAGGAGUUCGUUAAAGACCAAGCUUCGUUCCCAUGUCCGAAAUCGCCUCAUUUGGUUCAUCUCCUAUCGACGGCAGCCAAGGAUCUGUCAGUUUCAGAAAGAGAACCUGAAACUGGUCCAAGAAUUUCAACAAGUUCAACAACAUUGGAAGAUUUGAUGAAACACCAAGCACAAUCUUUUGGAGCAAUUAGAGCAUCUUUCUCGGUCGAGAAUUUCUCGGAAUUGUCGAGAAAACAGUUUCAUGAACAAGAACAAGAGUCUUACAAUAACGUAGCUGAAACUGGUUCAAACCAUUCGUUACCCAUUGAUCAAGAGCAAAAUGUGAAUAUAGAUUUCAUAUCCUUCGAUGAAUGGCCAACCGUAGAUCAUAAUAAUGCCCAAAUACAGAAAAUUACAGAAACAUCAUCGUUUUCAUCUAAGGGUGAACAUGUUUGUUGGGAGCUUGCUUUAAUAGAGGCGCAUGCAGCUUCUCAAAACGAUCAAUCUUUCAUCGACAACUGGACACAACAAGCUUCUCAAAAUGGAACCAGUGGCGUCUCAUUUUCCAACAAUUGGUUUCAAGAAGAUCAUCAAGCUUCUCAAAAUGGAGCCAUGGGCGAUUCAUAUAUGAAUGACUGGUUACUACAACACCACCACCACCUACAGCACGAGCAAGCUUCAAAUGAUGUAGCCAAUAGCCAUUCGUGUUUCGAUGACUGGUUAAAAGAAGACAAUAAUCAACUAGUAGUACCCAAUGGCAACGCCUGUUUCGGUGACUGGCUUCAAGGAAACGAAGUUAUAAAAGCAGGAAAACAAAACCAGAACUGGAACAACAAUGGUGGUAACGACAACUGGGAGCUUGUGUUAAUAGAAGCCGCCGCAACACAAGCUUCUCAACCUUUAUUCAACGGAAUCGAACCAUCGAUGGCGAAUCAUUUACCCAUUGCACCUCAACUUCAAUACAAUCCAUUUCUUGAAGACGAAACAGAUAUCUCAGCAUCCACUGCCCACGACAAUGUUGCCGGUUUCCCUGAUGGGUUCUCAAUGGUACCAACCAUAUUUCAGGCGACACCGCCGACUUUCUUUGCUCAAAGUUCCAACCAAAUACCGGCGCCGAUGUUUCAAGGGAUACCGACAAAAGCGUUUGGGGAAGGUGAAUCUAACAACCCUUAUGCUCCAUGGCCGACUACUAGUAGGUCAUUAGAUCAACAAAAUAUUUUCCUUCAACACCUGUGGUUGCAAAACGAGAAUAAAGUAAGGUGA